GAGAGAAGAGGAGAGACGGACAGAGAAUGAUCCAGAAGGAUCCAUCGAAGACUGCAGUUCCUUCCUGAAGAAGAGCCUGUCUAGUGAGCUGAGCAGCGUGAAGCAACACCUUCCCAAUGUCCGGACCCGCCCCAGCUCUCCCGCAGUCCUACGCCCCGGGGCCCUACGGGGUGUUUUCAGACCAGCAGGGCUUCUACUCUCUGGAUUCCAAUGUUCCAGGGCUUUCCAGGGUAAUCCUCAACAAGCUGAACAUGAAGGACUAUGGAGAGUACAGGGCUGCUAUGGAGGGGAAGAAGAAAGGAGGGGCUUUCCGUAACUACAAGGAGAUGUUCCAGAAUAUGGAGGAGACGUUUAAGUUCUGUGCCGGUUGUCACAAGCUCCCAGACCACCUCCCAGCGGAACAGACCCUGAAACGCUGUGUCAAGUGUCUGAACGUGUACUACUGCACGAAGGAGUGCCAGGUGAAGGACUGGCCCGAGCACAAGAAAGUCUGUAAGAAGCUACGACUGGUGGCUAUUGACCGGCUGGUGGAGUGGCUCAUGUUUGCAGGAGACCUCCCGUUCACCACAGAGAAGUGGUCCAGGCCGGCACCUGAGGUGCGGGGCUGGGACGACUGGCUGGCCAUGCAGGGGGACCUCACCCCCCGCCUGGAUGCAGUCCUGUCAUGCAGCAACAUGGGCAACCUCUGGAAGAACGUCACCAGGCCGAGGCCGGAGGUCACAGACCUCCGAGAGUCCAUAUGGCGGGUCGAGAGCGAGUUCCUGUCUCGCGUGCUAACCGUUGGCAUGGCGAUUCAACGGUUCGGCCUGGACCCUUACUCUAAGCCCCUCACCGUCCAUAUAGCAGGGGCGGGUCUCACUGAGACCAUGGGGGCCAGACUGACAGACUAUGACGAGCUCAACCGCAUGUUCCCUGGGCACCAGGGUCUGGAGGUGGUGAUGGUGGGGCCGGAGGUGGUGGAAGGCCCCAUUAUGAGGCCUCCUCUCAGGGCGUUCGGGCCCAGACAGAGGGUCUACAUCAGCGCCUACAAGGGCCUCUACCACCAGUUCUGGGAGGACCUGGUGGAGAAAGAGGAAGCGGCCAAGCCUGAUCUGGUGGUUGGGUUUCACCCAGGUUUCCAUGCCAAUCAGGGUCUGGCGGAGGGCUGGCUGCCCACCCUGCUGCUACUCAGAGACUUCGAGGUCCCGUCAUUCUUCAGCUUGUUCAGUGAGAUGGAGUUGACCUCCUCGCUACAAAUCCUACUGGAGUUGGAGAUGAACAUCAAGGGAAGUGGGCCAAACCCGUUUACCUCUCAUAAACCAGAGCAGGUCCAGUCCUGUCCCAACAGACCGCUGGUGUACUGCAACUCCCACUACGUGUACUUUGAGGGCCUGCUGGAGAGAAACAAGUUAGAGGAAAGCCAGUAGUGGACUGAAAUGCCCAUUGGGCCUACAACAUUCCUUUACUGUUGGAGACCGCUUAUUGGACUGUUAAAAUACGUUUUACAGUGUUACUUAUGGUGUUUAGUGCGUGGUGAUUCAUCUGGGUUUUGUGUGAGAUUAAACUUGUUAAACAAAAUAUUAAACAAUGUUUUGUCUGUCUGUGUAAACUGGCAUAUCAAACAUGUACACACCUUGCUUUGUUAUAUGUGUGUUGGUUAAAACAAGAACAUGUCUAGACAUUAUAACGACUGAAUAAUAAUUGAGACGAUACAAAUAGGGAUGGGUAAGAAAGGGAACACCGCACUCUGGUGGACUCAACUUGUAAAUGCAUAAUUAUUAUCCCACUUGAUGUUAUAUUCUGUACUCAGCCUUCUGAGUUGCAAUAAAUGAAAUGUCGUUGUAUUG